AAAUAAGUGUCCAAAAAGGUUAGCUUUCAUGUUGAAGAUCAUUUAAUGUAUUUUUUUGCUAAUCGCAAACAGGUCAUCAAGAAUAAUAGGAAAAAACAUAAUGAUAAGUAACAUUUUACCUUAAACUUACCUUUUUCUCAUUUUGCGAAAAAGUUUCCUCAUAAUUAAACCUUAUUUUGAAACAUUUCACUUCAAGAAUCCAAAUCAUUUAAGAUUGUCCACUGAUCAUCAUAAGCUGCCAUCUUCUCAGGGUAAGCUUGCUGUUCUCCUAUCAUCUUAUCCUUAGACUUUAUUUACAGUGUUUAUUUUUUACGUGUUUUCUGGUUCUCAUUUAAUAUUUAAUUUUGUGAUUUAGUGAACAUUAAGAUUUGUACAUUUUAAUUAACACCUAAAAUCAAAAUGAUGGAAGUGAUUAGCAACAAAAUUGAGAAUCUAUUCUCUGGUGGUUAUCAUGAGCCACGAACUGUUGACUAUUUUUUAGUGAGCAAUCCAAGAUGGCAGAUAUUAACAUUUAUUGGAGCUUAUUUAUUAAUUGCAUGGAAACUUGGCCCAUUUUUAAUGUCUUCAAUUAGACCCUAUGAUCUGCGACCUUGGAUGUUGGUUCUUAAUGGACUCAAUUUUGGUGUUUACGGUAUCGCUAUACCCAUUCUUGGCUGGUUAACCAAUUUUGGCUUCAACUGUUGGCAAUGUGCUGAGCCUAAAGAAGGUUUCUUUAUCGAGGAGACUUUAUUACGACUCAGUUAUACUUAUUUGUGGUUAAAAUUAGCAGAUAUAAUGACUACUUUGGUGAUGAUUCUUCGGGCUAAGCCAGGUCAAAAGCCAAUCAAUCAUGCCUUACGAAAUAGUAGUCUCAUUUUGGUUGUUUACUUUGCCUUAAGAAUGUACGCUAAAGGAUCAAUCCUAUUUUUACCUUUUACCGAUGCCAUUUUGUCAGUUUUACGAUCAGCUUAUUAUGUCCUAGCCUCUCCUGGAGCAGCUUUCCGUCAUCAUUUAUGGUUUAAAAAUUAUAUUCAUUAUGUUGCCCUGCUUUUUGCCAUUCUUAAUGCUACACAUGGAAUAUCUCAUUUGGCUAAAUCUUGUGCUGGUCCUCCAGGUAUGAUGAUACUUGUUAUCCUCCAUAGUUGUGGUGAAAUUUACACAGCUAUCAAAGAGCUUACAUCCAAAUCAAAAUUGGCUGAAGAUGAAUUUACAACAAAAUCUCGUUAAUUUGGUUAAAUCUAUAUUUAUAGUAAAUGUUUUUUAUUGAACAGCACAUGGGCUUUUAUUUUGUUUCACGGUGGAGCGCCGUUCAUUCCUGCCAAUUUUUUGUAAAUUGGUUUUUUUAUUGAACUAUUAAUAUGAAAUAAUAUUUACGGAUAUUUAUUUUAAUAGUGAGAUAAGGUUUAUACUCGAUAUACCUUACAUUGCUCACAAUUGGCUAUUUUGUUUAGUCUCAUUUGUAAUUUUUAAAUUGUCAAUCUUUAAGUGAAUAAAAAAUAUCAAGAGUCAA